AUGAAGCCGAAAACUCCGCUCAUCUUGUGUAUUCUCCUGUCCCAGGUGCUGCUGCUAACAUCUGCAGAUGAUUUGGACUGUACUCCUGGAUUUCAGCAGAAAGUGUUCCAUAUCAAUCAGCCAGUGGAAUUCAUCGAGGACCAGGCAAUUCUGAACUUGAACUUCAGUGACUGUAAGGGAAAUUACAAGCUUCACUAUGAGGUCUCAAGCCCAUACUUCAAAGUGAAUGAUGAAGGUGGCUUAGUCGCCCUGAGGAACGUAACUGCGGUGGGCAAGACACUUUUCGUCCAUGCGCGGACUCCCCAUGCGGAAGACAUGGCAGAACUCGUGAUUGUCGGGGGUAAAGACAUCCAGGGCUCCAUGCAGGAUAUAUUUAAAUUCGCAAGAACGUCUCCUGUCCCAAGACAAAAGAGGUCCAUUGUGGUAUCUCCCAUUUUAAUUCCAGAGAAUCAGAGACAACCUUUCCCAAGAGAUGUCGGCAAGGUAGUCGAUAGUGACAGACCGGAAGGAUCCAAGUUCCGGCUCACUGGAAAGGGAGUGGAUCAAGAGCCUAAAGGGAUUUUCAGAAUCAAUGAGAACACGGGCAGUGUCUCCGUGACACGGACCUUGGACAGAGAAGCGAUUGCUACUUAUCAGCUAUUUGUGGAGACCACUGAUGUCAACGGCAGAACUCUUGAGGGGCCAGUCCCUCUGGAAGUCAUUGUGAUUGAUCAGAACGACAAUAGACCAAGCUUCCGAGAGGGCCCCUAUGUUGGCCAUGUCAUGGAAGGAUCGCCCACAGGGACCACGGUGAUGCGGAUGACAGCCUUUGACGCAGAUGACCCGGCCACAGAUAACGCCCUCCUGCGGUAUAAUAUCCGCCAGCAGACACCUGACAAGCCGUCUCCCAACAUGUUCUACAUCGAUCCUGAAAAAGGAGACAUCGUCACCGUGGUGUCGCCUGCACUACUGGACCGGGAGACUAUGGAAAAUCCCAAGUAUGAGUUGAUCAUCGAGGCUCAAGAUAUGGUUGGACAGCUUUAUGGAUUACUGGGCACAGCCACAGCGACAAUCCUGAUUGAUGACAAAAAUGACCACUCACCAGAAUUCACCAAGAAAGAGUUUCAAGCCACAGUCGAGGAAGGAGCAGUGGGAGUUAUUGUCAACCUGACAGUUGAAGACAAGGAUGACCCCACCACAGGCGCAUGGAGGGCUGCCUACACCAUCAUCAAUGGAAACCCUGGCCAGAGCUUCGAAAUCCACACCAACCCCCAGAACAACGAGGGGAUGCUUUCUGUCGUCAAGCCUCUGGACUAUGAGAUUUCGGCCUUCCACACCCUGCUGAUCAAAGUGGAAAAUGAGGACCCGCUGGUACCCGACGUGUCCUACGGCCCCAGCUCCACAGCCACCGUCCACAUUACCGUCCUGGAUGUCAACGAGGGCCCGGUUUUCUACCCCGACCCCAUGAUGGUGACCAGGCAGGAGAACAUCUCUGUGGGCAGCGUGCUGCUGACCGUGAACGCCACGGAUCCUGAUUCCCUGCAGCAUCAAACCAUCAGGUAUUCUGUCUACAAGGAUCCAGCAGGCUGGCUGGACAUUAACCCCAUCAACGGGACUGUGGACACCACCGCCGUGCUGGACCGCGAGUCCCCUUUCGUCCACAACAGCGUCUACACUGCCCUCUUCCUGGCCAUCGACAGUGGCGACCCGCCUGCCACCGGCACGGGGACUCUGCUGAUCACCCUGGAGGACGUGAACGACAACGCGCCCUUCAUCUACCCCACGGCGGCCGAGGUCUGCGACGACGCCAAAAACCUCAGCGUAGUCAUUCUGGGAGCCUCAGAUAAGGAUCUGCACCCAAACACAGAUCCUUUCAAAUUUGAAAUCUAUAAGCAAGCUGUUCCUGAUAAAGUCUGGAAGGUCUCCAAGAUCAACAACACGCAUGCCCUGGUAAGCCUUCUUCAAAACCUGAACAAAGCAAACUACCAGCUGCCCAUCAUGGUGACAGAUUCAGGGAAACCGCCCAUGACGAACAUCACAGACCUCAGGAUACAAGUGUGUUCCUGCAAGAAUUCCAAAGUGGACUGCAACGCCGCGGGGGCCCUGCACUUCAGCCUGACCUCAGUCCUGCUCAUCUCCCUCUUCAGUUUAGCUUGUCUGUGA